AUGGACCUGACGGGUCUGGGACCGGGUCUGAACCAGGCUCGGUCUCUCUCUGGUCUCGAGUACUUGGAGCAGGUCUGCAGACUCGUGGAGAAGAUCAGUGGACUUCAAAACCUGGUGCUCCAUCUGCAGAGACAACUGAGGACCCAGAACCCAGACCGGACCCCGGACCGGACCCUGGACCGGAGCCCGGACCGGACCCCGGACCGGACCCCAGACUGGGAGCAGCUGGUUCUCCUCAUGAAGCUCUGCACCUGUGGAGCCGCAGACCAGGUCUUCCUCAGAACCCAGACCCAGAACCGGACCGGGUCUCUGGACCAGGAUCUCAACCAGGAUCUGAGUCGGGACCUCAGGAGCGUCUCAGGGUCGUCUCACCGGAUCUACAGGACCAGAGGGAGCGAGAGCGAGAGAGAGAGAGAGAGAGAGGAAGAACACACACACCUGCACCGACUACAACCUGCACAGACAGCUGAGCGACAGGAGCAACAAGAGCGACAGGAGAAACAGGAGCGACAGGUGCAGCUCGUCCUGGGGCAGAGUCCAGGACUUAGUGACAAGAAACCGGUUCAGAUCCCGGUCCAGACUCAGACCUGGGUCCUUCAAGAGCUCCUGUCCUCAACUCCUGAAAACUACAGACCCACAGACCACCACAGACCCACAGACACCACAGACAGACAAGACCACAGACCCACGACACACAGACCAGACCCACAGACUGGACCAGGGACCGGACCAGGCCCAGACCCGGAGCUCCAUGAUCCUCCUGGACCAGAGUCUGGACUCUGGGGUCCAGUGUCCUGA